AUGCAUCGACUUUUUGCUGAGCUGGAGCCAUCUGUAACCGUCACCGAGCAAAACCUGGCAGACCGAGUUCGGUAUAUCUUGCGCUCAAAUACAUUUGAUGUCACCGAACUCGAACGGCUACGACGUGAGGCUGUUCCUUCAUCGGGUGAAAAUGCUGCGGCUGAAGAUGCGGCGCCACAACUUGCCGAGCAAACGGCAAAUGUGGAUGCCGCCGUGAAUACGCCAGUUGUGGUUGAUUCAAACGAUGAUGGAACAGUCGCCCAGGAACUGGAACUAGAGCAAAUGAGGAGUACAUUGGAAGAGGCGAUUGUGGAAACGCGCAGUACGACUCUCGAAAAUCGACCGCGACUUCCCCGCUUAGCCCUAAGCAAGCGGAAUCGGGCUGUCGUGAGGGCUCUGAACCCAAUGCUGGUUACCUAUUUGGAAGCCAGCCGGGACCUUUGCGAUACGGACUCAAUUCUUUUUGGCGCCGCACUGGCAGUCUGCCGUAUUAUAGGUGCCAAACUUUCCACGGCUGGACGCGCUACUGGACAAAGUAGUGCUAUCCCAGCCUGGAGAAUAAGAAUUGAAGAACGUAUCGCAAAGGCUAGGGCCCUCAUCGGCAGACUGAUAUGCUUCAGGUCAGGCAAUACCAGGCCAAGGAUUGUGCGCACCGUCAGGAUGGCGUUUGCUGGGACAAAUGUUAGUUUGUCCCAGCCGGAUAUAAUGCAAAAACUGACGGAGCGCAUAGACGACCUGAAGCAAAGAAUAGCUGCUUGGGGAAAGCGGAUUCGGCGAUAUACCGAGAGGUCGACACGGUUCAACCAGAAUCGUCUCUUCCAGAGUGAUCAGAAGAGGCUCUAUAAAUCAUUGGAGCGACCAAUAGUAAGUGGAACGGGCCCUGCACCAAAUCAGGCCGACAUGGUCGCAUUCUGGCGCAGCCUGUGGUCAGAGCCCGUAAACCACAACGAGGGCCCUUGGACGGAAGUUGUGGCGAGUCAGUGUGCGAGUAUUACGCCCAUGGACCCCGUCAUCAUAACGCCGGAUGACGUAGCUGAGGCGGUCCGUAGGGCCCCGAACUGGAAAAGUCCGGGGCUUGACGGGCUGCAUCACUACUGGCUGAAGGGGUUCAUGUAUGAAGAAAUGGAGUCCGACGCAUACGAUUACGGCGGUGGUAGUGGUUAUGUCAGUGAGGAAAAAGCCGUAGUUGAGCACUGCAGGCCAAAGCUUGUCAUUGAAAUGCCCACGCUGGCACCCCUGUUGUUUGAAGCUGAAACUAUUAUUACUGAAAAGUCUUCAGAAGAAGUCCAUGUUCAUUCACCAUCACAAGAUGAGUAA